CAAACCCACACACUUAACCCGCGAGAACACGCGGGCGGUAAUACUAUCAUUCAACGCAUGUGUAUCGGUUUUUAUAUCACUGCAGAGCGUCAAAUUGUCCGGCAUGGUACAUUUAAUUUGACCAACAGAAACAGGAGAAUAAUUUAGCUCGCGACGUGGUUGAGAACAGUGACAGACCAAAGCGGCCACACGUGCUCGCUUCUCCUUCUUCCCCCGAAGAACAAAACAUUAUCACCGGGAUUCUGCGUUUUCUGCUUUCUUCGGUGUUUCUUCGGCUACAUUUGCCUUUGGACAGAUGGAGAAGCAGCCUCUGCCAACAGACGACGACGACAACAAGACGGGAACCACAGAGUCAGAGAUCGACGGUUACGCUGGCGAGGAGAGCCAGCUGGGCUCGUCUGAGCCCGCUGCUCGAGCAGGAUGGAACAGUAAAAUAGAGUAUUUUCUGGCUCAGGUGGGAUUCAGCGUCGGACUCGGCAAUGUCUGGAGGUUUCCAUAUUUGUGCCAUCAGAAUGGAGGAGGAGCUUUCCUCCUCCUGUACGUGCUGCUGAUGCUGGUUGUGGGCAUUCCCUUGUUCUUCCUGGAGCUGGCAGCUGGUCAGGCCAUCCGACAGGGCAGCAUCGGAGUGUGGAAGUACAUCUCCCCCCGGCUGGCAGGGAUCGGUUACUCCAGCUGUGUGGUGUGUUUCUUCGUGGCACUCUACUACAAUGUGAUCCUUGCAUGGAGUCUUUUCUAUCUUGGGAACUCGUUCCAGCACCCUUUGCCUUGGGAACAGUGUCCAGAACAGGGGAAUGUAACAGUAAAAGAAUGUGAGAUGAGCUCCCCCACAUCGUAUUUCUGGUACCGCAAAGCUCUGGAUAUCACAGACUCAAUCGAUGAGACGGGCUCUUUCAACACUUACAUGGUCUGCUGUCUGCUGGCGGCCUGGACCAUCGUGUGCCUGGGAAUGUUUAAGGGAAUCAAGUCCUCAGUCAAGGUGAUGUAUUUCUCCUCCAUCUUUCCCUACGUGGUGCUUUUCUGCUUCCUUGUCCGAGGACUCAUGCUGGAUGGGGCUUCAGAGGGAAUCGCCUACAUGUUCUACCCUAAGCUGGAAAUUUGGGGAAACAUUCAGGUAUGGCGGCAGGCAGCCACACAGGUCUUCUUUGCCUUAGGUCUUGGCUUUGGGUCCAUUAUCGCCUACUCCUCCUACAAUCCCAAGAACAACAACUGCCACCGUGAUGCCUUCACUGUCUCCACGAUCAACUUCCUCACGUCUGUGCUGGCCACGCUGGUGGUGUUUGCUGUGCUCGGCUUCCGCGCCAAAAACAAGGUCAUGGAAUGUGUAGUCAGAAACGUAAUGGGGCUAUCAGAGCAGGUUGACAGUGGUUCUGUGGGAACAAACCUGAUGCCAGGCUUUAACCUUUCUGAUCCUAGCUCUGUGGCUCUGGAGGAGUACAAGGCCUGGUUUGAACAGUUUGGUAAUGUGGUCCCAGGCAAUUUAACAGACUGUGACCUGGAAAAAGAGAUGCAACAGGGUGUGGAGGGCACAGGCCUCGCUUUCAUUGCCUUCACGGAGGCCAUGUCACUCCUACCUGGCAGCCCCUUCUGGUCAGCACUCUUCUUCCUCAUGCUGCUAAACUUAGGACUCAGCACCAUGUUUGGCACGAUGGAAGGCAUCCUCGCCCCACUCACCGACCGCUUCAAAACUCUGGCCAACAACAAGACCAAACUCACAAUUUUCAGCUGCAUCAUUGGCUUUAUAAUUGGGCUGCUCUUCACCCAGCGAUGUGGGAACUACUUUGUGACAAUGUUCGAUGAUUACUCUGCCACGCUGCCCCUCAUCAUUGUGGUGGUUUUUGAGACCUUCAGUGUGUCUUGGCUAUAUGGAGCUGAUAGGUUCCUUGAUGACAUUGAGGCAAUGCUGGGCUGGCGUCCCCAUGUGAUUUACAAGUACCUAUGGAAAUACAUCUGCCUGCUUGCUAUGCUGGGGCUGCUGGGCGCCACCAUAAUUCGCAUGUUCAUCAAACGCCCCACCUAUAUGGCAUGGAACCACGAGAAGGCGACCGAGGAGUACCUGGAGUACCCGGGCUGGGCUCUGGCUGUUUUGGCAUUACUGAUCAUAUUUGCUAUGAUGCCUGUCCCAGUGGCCUUCAUCCACGCUGUUUUGCAGGACAGGACAAAGCAAAGAGCCCGAGACUCGGAGGCUGGUCAGUACAGCAUUGUUAGCACUGAUGACAAGUGUGAAACUCCCAUGACUGACAUGUCAGAACUGGACCAGAGGAACGGGACUGAUGCUUCCUUUUCUUAAGCACCGGACCUGAUGUUACACAGUGGGCAGUGACCUGCAACAUGCAGUCAAAAUAUCAGUGGGCCAUUUUUAAGGACGUUAAAUUAUCUCACAGCUUUUAGCACAGAAAGCGGUUUUAAAGUGGUACAAAAGAGUCCUUUCUUUAUUAUUUAAAACCUUUUUCCAACUUUAUUUAAACUUAAAUGAUUUCCAAAGUAUACUAUACAGUAAUACUACUGCUCCAACAAGUGCAAAAGUUUUUUACAAGUGUUGAAUAUGAAAGAUGUGGAACAAAUAACUUAUUGCUGUGCAGUAAAAGGUGGUAAAAUUUUAAUUAAGUGAUUGUUACAGAGUUCUUGUCCAAAUGAGCAAACAUAAGUUUUGUUUUCAGAAUAAGCCAUAAACAGGUUUUCCUGGUCUACAAGUAGGGGUUGCAAAGGAGUCGAAAAUUUCUGGUAAAUUUCCAGAAAGUUUCCAUGGGAAGUUAAGCUGGAGAAUUUUGAAAAAAACAUGACAUUUCAACAUAUUUAUUUUUUUCUGAAGUUUUCAUUAUUUUAUUGAACAAUAAUUUAAUUGAAAAACAAAAACAUGGAAUCUCAACAGGAAUUUUGCAACCCUAUCUACAAGUAGUCUAUUUAUCUGAAAUAUCCCACAUUUUCCACCUUUAGAAAGUCACUCUUGUGUGAGAUGUGCCUCAUUAUUUUAAGAAUCCGAAAAGUACAUGCCACUAUGACAUUGAAAUGUCAGUUUUUUUAAACCAGCAACCUUUGACUCCUCUCUUUGUUGAGGACAGGAUGUGAUCUCAAGCCUCUUUUCUAACUUUGUAAACCUUUUUAUAAACAUUUUACAGCAAAGUGAAUGUGACACGUGAAAAAAGUUUUAGGCUGGGCUUAAGAUUGUGAGUUCUGAUUUGAGUAGGAGUUAUGACAAAAAAGCUGAGCCUGAAGUACAACAGGAAAAUACCAGCAUCACCAUAUCUUUGUGUUCAGGCAACAACAUGUCCUGUUCAUGUUGCACUACACAGAUACGGAGUGUCAGAUGCUGCACCUGUAGUGAGACUGUUACAUCAGAAAAGGGUUCAAUCAGUCAUGUCGAACAGUAUUAGGGCUGUCACAACCAUGAAUUUUUGUUCAUACAAAUAAUUGUGAUGAACAAUUUGAUUCUCUUUUUCUGUUGGUUGGCAUUGCAGCUAGAACUGAAUUCAUAUUGUUCAUUUUAAUGGCUACUCAUUCAAGAGAUGUGAUUGUUGACAAAAUAGUGUCAGAUAAUAUCCAGAUAGUUUGCGUCUCUCACUGUUGCACAGAUUUAUUUCAUGUGACGAACUGCAGCACUUAUUUAACUGUACAUUUAUUAUAACUAGACAACUUUACUGCUAAUUUCUUCUCUGCUCUGAGCACAUCCGGCUUCACUCUCUCGCCGUGUGUCUGUCCAGACAUUUUCCUGUGAAUUAUCUGAUUAGAAAUGCUGGAUAUCAUGUGACAACUCCAGCACAACUUUCUCCAGAGCUGUCAAACAAUUAGCUUAUUGACUCAUUUUUAGUCAAUCGACUCAUUUAGUCAAUCGACAGAAAAAUAGUUGCAAAAUGUUAAAUAUUUUGUGCAAAAUUAUCUGAAAAUGCUGUUUGCAGCCUAUCAAAUAUGGAGAUUUCCUGCUUUUCUCUUUUAUAUCUUAUUUAACUGAAUAUUUCUGGAUCUUUUGAGUUUUGGGAAACUAUGAUGGACGUUUUUUUUUUAAUACUAUUUUCUGACAGUUUAUAGACCAAAAGAUGAAUCUAAAAAAUGACCAUCAAAUUAAUAAAUAAUAAAAUAAUCAUUAGUUGGAGCACUCUCCACUAUAAAUCAAAAGACAGGUCUCUGUCAUCAUGUCUUUGUAAGCUGUCUAUUGGUUGCCCCAUUUGUAACAUUGGCUUUCAAUUCCCUUGAUUGCGGAAUCUAAUGAUUAUGCAAAAUAAUUGCCAUCAGAUGAUUAAUAGUGGCAACAGUCCUAUACAGUAUUAAUGCUAUUCACUACACUGAAGUUAACUAACAGUGUUUACAGCUUAAUAAACACCCUGUCACUAUUUUUGGGUUUACAGUUUAAUAUUAUUCUGUAUGUUUGCAGGAGCACGCUGCAUUUCAUUCUACAUAUACAUGUUUAGGUAUCAAAGCAUUCGUUUUUCGAUUUAUUUUAAAAUCAGCGUUUUCUUUUCGUUUGUGAAAAAUGUUAAGUCAGACUCUGAACGUGCAGGUUUCUUUCUUCCUUCUGUCAUGUCGACUUUUUCAGACGUUGACAACAAGAAAUGUGUAUUUGCUGGUAAAAGUGUGCUAAAAGAUUUUUAAGGUUAAUUCCUAUUUUCAUUGUAAAUAUGUAAAUGGUACAUAUAGAAACUAUAGAACAAAUAUGUGAGUUUUUGUGUCUUUUAUUUUUAAAUUUAAAAUUUGCAUGCGUUUUUUUUUUUCCUUCAGUUCAGGUUUAGGAGGAAACUAGUUGCAUCUUUGAAUAAACAGGUGAGACGAAGCCACUGACCAGACAAAGUACUCCUUUACUUCAGAGUCAAAUGCAGUAUAUGAUGUAAUUAAUGUUUUUAGUUUGUACAUUAUAAUUUUUUAAAAACUUAAUUACUUGGUCAUCAUUGUCUUCAUGGCAACGUUUAAAAGUUGUAGUUUGUUUCACAUUUUCAGCAGGUUAUUAUGACAAUGAACGGACCUGAUGCUGUUGUAUGUAUAAAGUAAGUGCCUUCAGAUUUCAUUCAGCUGAGA